AUGAAGUUCUCUUCUGUGGCGCUUGCCAGUGCAGCCAUUGGCCUUGCCCAAGCUACUCCUCUCGCUGAGCGCGCGCAAGUCACCGACGCCGACGUUCUCAACUAUGCAUUGACUCUUGAGCACCUCGAGGCUGCCUUCUAUCAGGAAGGUCUUAAGAACUACACCCACGCCGAUUUUCAGAAGGUCGGUAUGCAGGACCCGUUCUACGCCAACCUCAAGGAAACUGCCAGCGACGAGCAGCAGCACGUCCAGUUCUUGACCAAGGCUCUCAAGGCUGCUGGUGCGAGCCCCGUCGAGGCUUGCACUUAUAAUUUUCCUUCCACGGAUGUCAAAUCCUUUCUUGCCCUUGGUAGCAUUUUGGAAGGCGUCGGAGUCAGCGCCUACCUUGGCGCGGCCGCCAGCAUCAUGGAUAAGGCUUACCUCACUGUCGCAGGCAGCAUCUUGACCGUCGAAGCCCGUCACAGUGCCUACCUGCGUACCACCCUCGGCGAGGCCCCUGCUGCUCAGGCUUUCGACGACCCUCUUGACUUCGAUGAGGUGUACACCCUCGCCUCGCUCUUCAUUGCCUCAUGCCCCGAGAGCAAUGAAAAGUUGCCAGUCAAAGCCUUCCCCGCUUUGACUAUGCCCUCCAUGGCUCCUGUCAUGACCGGCUCCCAAGUCGACUUGAUGGUUGCCGGCGAUAUGGUCAAUACUUCGGACAUCUACGCAGCUUUCAUCACCGUUACUGGACCCGUCUGGGCUACCCUCGAGUCCACUGGUACCGGAGAAUACACUAUCGUCGUUCCCGAGGGCGUUGCUGGUCAGAGCUACCUUGUCCUGACCAAGGGCAACAAGCAGGCCACCGAUGACAACAUUGUCGCAGGUCCCGCAAUCGUCGAAGUUGGUAUGCCCAAUGGACCCAUGGGUAUGGGCACCAAGUGUGGACAGUCUGGCUCGCGUGCUUCCAUGUCUAUGAUGCCCUCUAUUUCCAUGCCAAUGCCCAGUGCCUCUAAAACGGGCAUGCCCUCUAUGUCGUCGGGUAGCAUGACCUGGUCGUCCGCGUCUGCAUCCGCUACCCCGGCUUACAAUGGUGCAAGUGGAAACAGUGUGAGCGUGUUUGCCAGCCUUUUCGGAGCUGUGGCCUGCGCUGCUGCCUUUUGGCAGUAA